AUGAAAGAUUUAGGGCUUGCUGCAUAUUUUCUUAGAAUUGAGAUUUUUAGAUCUUCAACUAGGUAUUUUCUUAGUCAGCGGAAAUACACCAAAGACCUUAUUAGUUUGGCUAGUCUUACUGAUGAUAAAGUUGUAGAUACUCCACUUGAACUCAAUGUUAAAUAUAGUCGCAUUGAUGGUGAACCACUUUUUGAUCCAGCUCUUUAUCGCAGUAUUGUUGGUAGCUUGGUAUAUCUCACUGUUACUAGACCUGAUAUUGCAUAUGUUGUGCAUAUUAUUAGUCAAUUUAUGUCAGAUCCUCAUAUUUUACAUUUCACUGCCGUUUACCAUAUCAUUCGCUACCUUCGAUCUAUUUCAACCAUGGGUUUAUAUUAUCCUUCGAGUUCUUCUUCAGUUUUACAUGUCUUUUCUAAUGCUGAUUACGCAGGUUGUCUAGAUACUCGACGAUCUACCAUCGAAAAUUGCAUUUUUAUUGGACAGUCUCUUCUUUCUUGGAAGUCCAAAAAGCAGCCAACCGUGUCCAAAUCUUCUACUGAAUCAGAAUAUAGAUCCAUGUCAUCAGCUUGUGGUGAAAUUAUUUGGCUACAAAGACUGUUACAAGAUUUUGGCAUUUUCCUUACCUCCCCUGCUCCUUUGUAUUGUGGCAAUGAAAGCGCCGCUAAAAUUGCUAGUAAUCCAAUUUUUCACGAACGUACUAAGCACAUUGAAGUAGACUGUCAUUUUAUUCGAGAGAAUUUUGAACAAGGCCUCGUUACUCUUCCUCAUGUUUCAUCUCGAGAACAAUUGACUGAUUUCUUUACAAAAUCACAGACCAAAUCUUCUCACAACUUUUAUCGCAACAAACUGAUGUUGUUCCAUUAUCAAUCUGAGGGGGAGUAUGAAAGGAAAGAACAGAAAUUAAAGUAA